CACUCCACUUAGUUUCUCUAAUAGUAACCGGUUGACCUCAUAGUCUGUUCAUCGUAGGAUAUAAAUACGGCUUCGCAUCCUGCUUCCUCAGUCUCUACUAUUCACACAAGACAUUCGUUCUCAACCACUCGAUUGAUAACUUUCAUACAUCCACCAUACUAUCUAUCUCUAAUCACUUAUCAUCUUUAAUACCAUCAAAAUGAAGUUCACCCUCGCUUCCACCCUCCUCCCCCUCCUGGCCGCCGCUGCCCCCGCCCAGCAGCGCGACUCCAACUCUUCUACUCCCUCUACCUUCGGCAUCAUGUCCGCCCGCUCUGGCUCCCCCAUCCACCUCCUCCCCUUGAACGCCAACAGCGGUGGUUUCUACUUGGGCGGAAACACCUCUUCUUACUGCCCUAUCUCUUCCGGCUGCCCCGCUGGUACUGAGACCGUUUUUGCUGGUGAUGGCUCUUCUUUGGACGUCGAAGUCCCCGGCGGCCAACAAGUCUACGUCGCCCCCAGCGGUGCCCUGACCUUCACCGUCCCCCACUCGGCCUACAUCCCCGCGGGCUCUUCCACCGGCCCCUUCAAGUACACCCCCGGCAAGCCCUUCGGCACCUGGACUUUCACCGGUGCCGGUGCCACCGGCUUCAUGGCUUGCCCGGACGAGGGUAACAAGUGGCAGGUCUUUGCUGCUACCAAGAAUGCUACCGUGCCUAGUGGCAAUGUUGCUGAUUGCUUGGGCUUUGAUGCCCUGGCUGUUGCUACUAAUGGUUCGGUUGCUGCUUGGGAGUACAUUUAAAUGACUGUACUUGGUAGUGGUAGUGGUAGUGGUAGUGUGCUAGUGGGGUAGAAGGGGGUAUAUAGUUGGUGUGUAUAGAGUGAAAUAGUAGGGUUUGUGGUUGUUUUGUACAUGUAUGUAUGUUAAUGUCAUUAAUGAUUCGUUGAUGUUGUGUUUGAUUAGGUUUAUUGUAAUAUUUGUUUUAAGUUAUUUGGUGGGAGUAUGCUGGG